AUGGAAUCCACAAAAAAUACUUAUGACUUUGUCAUCGUAGGAGGUGGUCCAGCUGGUUGCGCUCUGGCUGUGGAACUCGCCAAAACAGCCCAAAGACCUCAAGUUCUACUUCUUGAGGCAGGUGGGCGCAAUGAUGACAGAGCUUUGCGAGUGGACGGAAAGCGCUGGACGACGUUCAUGGAAGGAGACAUGAAUUGGGGGUACAAGACCACGCCUCAGGAACAUUGCAAUGGGCGUGAACUAGACUAUUCCCGUGGAAAGGGUCUGGGGGGUGGCUCGGCAAUCAACUUCGGGGUCUAUACUGUAGGCGCGCGGGACGACUACAACGAGUGGGCAUCUAUUGUGGACGAUGAUACAUUCGGAUGGAAGGAGAUGCAGACCCGCUUCAAGAAUUUGGAGACCUUCAAUGGCAGUGUCACGCUUUCAGAGAAUCAGAAAUAUGCUAAUUCGGUUGCUUCCGAUCAUGGCAAUUCGGGUGUCCUGCACCUUAGCUAUGCGGAGGAUUGGGAAAAGGACUUGUCGCUCUCGCUAGAUGCAUUUAAAGCGGCUGGACACAAGCUCAACUUGGAUCACAACUCCGGCAACCCCCUCGGCAUGGCUGCCACUAUCAACUCCGCUUAUAAGGGAAAGCGAACCACGGCUGCUGACUUGCUUUCAAGUGCUCCUGAGAAUCUUGUGGUCGUCACAGAUAGCCCAGUACAACGUAUCUUGAUGCAGGGCAAAAAGGCUGUGGGAAUAGAGACCCAGAGCAAUCAGUACUUCGCUUCUCGGGAUGUGAUUCUCUCUGCAGGCUCACUCGAUACCCCCAAGAUCCUAAUGCAUUCUGGAAUCGGACCAGCUGCAGACCUUGAGAAGUUCAACAUCCCAGUAGUCAACGACCUCCCCGCUGUUGGUCAGGGUCUCCGAGACCACUACUUUGUCCCUCUGAUUCUUGCCCGUAACCCUGAUACCAAUGAUCGGAAUUCGUUCUUCCAGGAUCCCGCCGCCAUGGAGGCUGCGAUGAAACAGUGGGAAGAUGAUAACACUGGUCCGUGGACCCGAUACAGCUGCCAGAUCGGCUGUGGCUGGUUUAAAUCAGACCGCAUCACCUCCACGCCCGAAUUCAAAGCACUUCCAGCAUCCGUACAAGAAUUCAUGAACCGUGAAACAAUCCCCCACUACGAGAUAAUCACCCACAUGCCCAUCCACUUCAUGAUGCCCGAUAUGUUCAAAGAUUACAGCUAUAUUGGCCUUGCGGCAUUUAUGAUGAACGAACAAUCUCGCGGCGAAGUGCGCCUGCAGUCCUCCGACCCAGAUGUCCCGCUGCUGUUCAACCCACGGUUCCUCGAGGAUCCCUUCGAUCGUCGCGCCUGUAUCGAGAUCUACCGACACCUAUUGGAAGUCAGUAGACAAGAGUCCUUCGCGAAGGACACUAUCUCCACGCUCAUCGGGCCCGCGUCUGAUUCCGAUGAGGACAUUCUCCAGUUCUGGAAGAACUUCCUCUCUUCUAGCUGGCACAUGACUGGCACCAUGAAGAUGGGAAAGGCCGAUGCUAGUGAUGCUGCUGUUGACACGCAUUUCCGCGUGCGGGGCAUCGAGAACCUCCGCGUUGCUGAUAUGAGUGUCGUUCCUGUUCUCACUAACAACCACACACAGGCUACUGCUUAUGUGACCGGUGUUACUUGUGCUGACGUUCUUAUUAAGGAAUAUGGUCUUGAUGAAAAGUAA